AUGUACAGAUCAUCAAAAAUGGUUGCCUUAACUGCGGCUACUGUAACUAUCGUUGCAACAGGAGGUGCUGCUGCACCUGUCAUAUUAAGUAGCGCAACGUCAGGUUUAGCAGCUGGUGGAACAGCGACAGGCGUUGCAACUGCAGCAGGCGCAGGUGUUGCUACAACAGUAGGUGCAUCAGCUGCCGCUGGCGGAGUGGCUGGUACUAUAACAGCAGCUGGAGCGACCAGUGCAGUGGUUACUGCGACAGGAACGGCAGCUGGAGCGGCAUCUGGAGGCGCACUUAGUUCCAUUAUUGCAGGUGUGGUUUCGGGUCCUGUGGGUUGGACCAUUCUUGGUUCUCCAGAGGACACGUUAACUGGUCUUCAUACUACAUUUGAUUGUUGGAAGCCAAUACUUCACGAUGAUUCAGUUGAACCAUCAAAUGGAAAACUCUUGCGAGAUAUAGUUGUGGAUUCACGCAUACAGAAAGUAACAAUACAAAACAAUUCUGAUGGUAGUAUAUCACAAUUUGUACUUGAAAACAUAUGGAAUGAAAGUUUUAAUAUCGAAUUCUUUUAUUUAAUGCCAAUGAAACAACUGGUUGCUCAUGCUGAUAAGAUAUAA